UGUUCGCUUUGAACUGUUUUGUGUCCAACGUUGAGCUGAAGUCGGCGCAAACAGUCUUAAGGACGCGCAGCAGUUAGACUGCCAUUUGUGCUGUACAAAUAAGUGUACGUUGGCUGCCCUGGUGCAGAAGAAACUGGGUGAGGUGCUAUCAUCCAUUUGGAUUGUGGAGAAAUGACAGCAUUUGUCCCGAGAAUUGAAUGCAAUAGGGCUCUCUCUAAACACUGAUUCCGGCUCCCUGAAGGAGCUACAGCUCAUGCCUGCCGCCUGUCCAUAAGCAAUAAGGGCCUUGAUGAGACUUUGGACUCAGUUCAAGGAGUCGGACAGAUGCUCCUUCAGGCCAGAUGAAGUGGAAAAGCGGUGACAGCUGGAUACGGACCAGGAUGGGCUUGGCACCAUGCCCUCAGAGCGGAGAGGUCCUCCUUUUCAACUCCCACAUAAACGACAGGAGCAGGCGCAUGACCUUGCAGCCAAAGUGGAGCAUAAAUUGGACAGAGGUUGUGAUCCGGGGCCCAGAUGCCCGUCAGACAGCAGGGACCCGAAUGCAUCUGCAAGCAGAGCGAUUUAAAGAGAGAGCGUGCCAUUGGAGGUUUGUCCACCAUGAGGCUGGAUACUAUGUGGACGGUGCUCGUCCUCCUGGUGCUGUCCAGCUUGACUUCGGGGAAUCAAAUCAGCAGUAACGAAGUAGUUGCCGCACCCAGAGUCUUUAUCUCCUUCAAAGAGCUGAGGUCCACUGGUACAGCUCAUCACUUCGCUUACCUGCUGAAUGCGUCCGACUACCGGAUCCUCCGUAUGGAUGAGGACCAUGACCGAAUGUAUGUUGGCAGCAAGGACCACAUCCUGUCCCUAGACCUCCAUGACAUCAACAAGAGUCCACAUAUUAUCCAUUGGCCAGUGUCCGAACGAAGGCGGACAGAAUGCCUCGUGAGCGGGAAGGACGCCAGCGAGGAGUGUGCAAACUUCAUCCGUCUAAUUGAGCCAUGGAACCGGACUCACCUGUACAUCUGUGGGACAGGAGCCUACAAUCCAGUCUGCACCUUCGUCAACCGGGGGCGUAAACCUCAGACGUCCAUGUAUCUGCAGAUGGCCCUGGCCAGGGGAAGGGCCAGCCGCGCGGCCGACCCCAGCGCGGUGCACGACACACUUGGACUGAAGGAAGAAAUUUUCCACUUGGAGCCGGGAAAAGUGGAAUCUGGGAAGGGGAAGUGCUCCUACGACCCGAAGCUCAACAGUGUGUCAGCUUUGAUUAAUGGAGAGCUGUAUGCCGGCGUCUACGUCGACUUCAUGGGAACGGACUCGGCCAUUUUUCGUACUUUGGGGACCAAAACUGCAAUGCGAACAGACCAGUACAACUCCAGAUGGUUGAAUGAUCCCACCUUCGUUCACGUGCACCUCAUCCCGGACAGCGCGGAGAGGAACGACGACAAGCUGUAUUUCUUCUUCAGGGAGAAAUCCUCCGACAUGGGUCAGAGUCCCGUGACCCAGUCCCGCAUUGGACGCAUCUGCCUGAACGACGAUGGAGGUCACUGCUGUCUGGUCAACAAGUGGAGCACCUUCCUGAAGGCCAGGCUCAUCUGCUCAGUGCCCGGGACCGACGGCAUGGAAACACACUUUGAUGAGCUCCGAGAUGUUUACAUCCAGCCAACACAGGACACAAAGAACCCCGUCAUCUACGGAGUCUUCACCGUCUCCGGGUCCGUGUUCAAAGGCUCGGCCGUUUGCGUUUACUCCAUGGCCGACAUCCGCAUGGUCUUCAACGGGCCCUUCGCCCACAAGGAGGGUCCUAAUUACCAGUGGGUGGCGUACACGGGGAAGAUCCCCUACCCUCGCCCCGGCACUUGCCCUGGAGGAACAUUUACGCCCAGCAUGAAGUCCACAAAGGACUACCCAGAUGAAGUGAUCAACUUCAUGAGGAAUCACCCCGCCAUGCACAACGCCGUCUACCCAGUGCACAAGCGCCCCCUGGUGGUCCGAACCAACGUGGACUAUGAGUUCACCACCAUCUCAGUGGACCAGGUGACAGCUGCAGACGGCAAUUAUGAAGUGCUCUUCUUAGGAACUGACAAGGGAACAGUUCAGAAAGUCAUCGUCCUGCCCAGGGACGACCUGCAGACCGAGGAGCUGGUUCUGGAGGAGGUUGAAGUCUUUAAGGUUCCCACUCCUAUAACGACGAUGAAGAUCUCAUCCAAAAGGCAACAGCUGUACGUGUCCUCUGCGGUCGGCCUGACCCAGUUGGCCCUCCACCGGUGCGACGUGUACGGCGAGGCGUGCGCCGACUGCUGCCUGGCCAGAGAUCCGUACUGCGCCUGGGACGGCAAGUCCUGCUCCCGGUACUCGGCCUCACAGAAGAGGCAAUACUGGUCUGACCCAUUUAGACGUAGCCGGAGGCAGGACGUCCGGUACGGGAACCCCAUCCGACAGUGCAGAGGCUUCAACUCCAACGCCAAUAAGAACACUCUGGAGAUGGUGCAGUACGGGGUGGAGGGAAGCAGCACCUUCCUGGAGUGCCAGGCCCGAUCUCCGCAUGCCGUCAUCAAAUGGCACCUGCAGAGAGACCACAGUGACCGCAGGAAAGAGAUGCGCUCCGACGGGCGGAUUCUGAAGACCGAACAGGGCCUGCUGCUGCGCUCCCUGCAGCCGUCGGACUCCGGCAUGUACCAGUGCACCGCCACCGAGAAGAACUUCAAACACACGCUGGUCAAGCUGCAGCUGGUCGUGCUGUCGGGCCGCGCCGUCAACAACGCGCUGGUGGACGGCGGCGGCGGCGGGGGGCUGGUGCCGUCGUCCCUUCACUCGGCCGGCGCCCAGUGGACCCCCAGCGCGGACCAGUACAAGGACCUGCUGACCAUUCUGAGCCAGCCAGAGAUGAGUUUGAUCAACCAGUACUGCCAGGACUACUGGCAGUUCGGAGACCCCCUGCUGGGAGCCCUCAAGGCGAAAGACCUGAAGGAGCUCAAGGAGCAGAAGAAACCCCGCAACCGUCGGCAUCACAGGGAGCGACAUGAGGAGGAGGAGGAAGAGGAAGAGGAGCAGCAGGGAGUAGAGACAUGAGGAGGCUGACUGUGUGUUUGAAACACAACCUCCCCCCCAACCCGACCUUCCACCACCGAGAAAACUGGGAAAGACUCCAUGAGAUGAGAGAGAAGCAGCUUCAAAGAAAAAGAUGAAAAAAAUCUGCAAACUGAAUGAAAACGGCUUCCAAACGAAACCCCAGACACACACACACACACACACACACACACACACACACACACCUCCCUCAAGCAGUAACAUAUAUAAUACACAGUAUUUAUUGUAGGUUGUAAAUAGUACCAUUCUGUGGAUUUCUUUGUACUUACAGUAAAAAAAGAAAAAAGAAAGAAAAGAAGACAAGCUCUUUGUGUAUAGGUACCACUUUGGGGCGGGGAGAAUAUUGUUAUUGUCGUUGAUUUCAAUGUUGCUGUUACUGUCGGUAGGAAAAACCCCAUUCGUCAGCAUCGUGUGAACUUUGACAGCCUGCGUGCCAGGAACGCGUUGUUGGAGCGCGAGCUGUUCGGACUCAGAGCGGACUACGAUGAGGAGCUGCUGAGAACAAGGUGACGGGAGAAUUAUUCUGUUUUUUUACUAUUAUUAUUAUUAUUAUUAUUAUUAUUAUUAUUAUUAUUAUUAUUAUUUGUGGAUGCUCCAGAAGAGCCUGUGUUGCAGCCUCCCUGUGGCUGCAUGCAGAGAGAGAGACUUCACAUUGGAAGAGGGACCACUGGACCUUGGUCCCAGUUAUCUGUCAGGGGUCAGAGGUCGAGGGGGGACACACUGCUUUUCUCAGUGGGAAUCUUUGUGUUUCUUUUCUGUCAUGUCUGUGUAGAUCAGAGGGACUGAUUGUAAAAGCGCUGCGUCCCACGCCAGCUGCUAAUCAGGAUCCAAGAGAUUUAUUUAAAAACAAAAAUGAAUCAAAUGUUUACUUUCAAAAAGUAUGAGACUAACUUCCACUGUGCGGUGCCUGGCUCAAGGGUUCACACAGGCAUGAAUUAUUUCACAUUAACGUUACAACUAAAGGCCUGAAUGUAUUUUAUUGGGAUUCAGUGACAGGACAACAUAAAGCCGUGCAUAAUUAUAGAGUGGAUGGAAAAGAUUUUUUUAAAACUAUUUUAUGAAUAUAAAAGUGCAUUAAUGUCCAUCCUGUUGUGUAAAACACGUUUUUUCAAUGUUAUUCAAUAAUCUGCCAAUGGAACUAGAACUUUUUCAUUAAUAUUAAAUAAUUAUUUCCUUAUAACCAGCUUCUAUAACUUGCUGAAAAUGUACUUGUGAAUUAGUUUUGUCUUAUUUCAAAUGUACGAAGAUACUAGAACAAAAAUACUUGGAAGAUUUUGUGUUUUCAUAGUGAACCACCUUUUUUUAACUGUGGUUUUGAGGGGAACGUUGAAUAUUGACUUACGGAAAGUUUCUUUCUUUCUGAGUUACAUCUAUGAACAACAAUUUUUGAGUCUUGCAGCAGAUUCUAAACUCGAGUCAAGUUUGUUUGUACAGCACAUUUAAGGAACAAGGCAGUUCAGAGUGCUUCACAUCAUAGAAACUUUUUUUCAUUUUAAUUAACCUGGAUUUAACUUGGUAAUUUGAUUAAGGACAAAUUCUUAUCUUCAAAAAUACAUUUAAAAAAAAUCAUACACCAGAGUAUCAUACAUGCAAAAACAAAAUAUCAAAACAUCUGAGAAAGAAAAUAAAAAACAAACCAUAUUCAUACUGACUAAAUGUACUACAAUACAUUUAGUCAGUCUUCAAAAGCAAUUAUAUUGAUUAUUUAUUAUUGUUUUUACUGAGUCGAUAAAGGUUGAUAUUGAAGUUGGCUUAUUGAGCUUUAGUGGUUUCUGCAAGUGAAAAAUGAAACGAGGUUUUGCCUCAUUAUGUACAUAAUAUAGUGACCAAUUAUGAAACAUGUAAUAAAUCUUACAUUUUGUCAAAUGUUAUCAUCAAAAUCAAGCAAAUGCACAUAAAAUAUAUUGGCCAAUGUUCCAGUUAUAUAUUGGCAUCGGUUUAAAAGGACCUCAGUGUUUCGACUGUUUUGCAGUUUUCUAGAAGCUUGCUCCAGAUUUGUGGAGAAUAGAAGCUGAAUGCUUCUUCAUAGACUAGAACCAGGAGACCAGAGUGGUCUGUGAGGUCGGUACAAUAACAACUGAUCUUCACUUUAGUCCAUUUAACCAUUUAGUUUAGGUUAAGGUGAAUAUUUUGCUGGAAAGUGAACCUUUAUUUUAGCUCCAUUUAUUCUGAAGACAUUUUCUUGCACUGGAUUUUAUGAAAUCAGACUAAAAUAUUUUAGGAAGCAUACUUUUCCUUCCACAUCACAGUUAUUCACUGCUUUGACGCCGUCUGACACGUAAAAGACCAAUAAAAUACAUAAACGUUUGAGGCUACAUGGUGACAAAAUGUGCAAAAAUUCAAGCUUUUUGAACCCUUUUUGGAGGGACGGUGCCCCAGCUGCUGCUCUACAUUCAGACACGCCAGCUGUCUAAAUCGGUAACCAUGACAUCACCUUCUUCAAACGCAGACCUCCUUUGGACGGAUUUUGAGGCGUACAAGCUAUAAGGAUUUGCACACGAGGGCAUUAUUUAGUUUUUAUUUUUCAAGGGACAUUGGCAGGGGCCAAAAAAAACAAAAAAACACACCAAACAAGCACAAGGUGGGUAAGAUGAGGUGGAAGAACAAAAACCGGCUCGCAGUGAAAGUUGUUCCAGUGAGGAAGCAAAUGUUUGCAGUCAGCAGCUCUGAGCACAAAACAGAUUUUUCUUUUGUUCAAUUCAUUUCCUCUUGAGACUUUUGAUAUGUGUGAAAAAAAAACAAAAAAAAAAACCUAUACACACACAACAGAGCUUUGUAAAAAGAAACAAAGAAAAGAAAAUAUUGUGACACCAACCAAAAUACCCGGAAGCUGGCUUUCAUUGUGUGCAUGAACCUGUGUUUGUCCUGUGAUUCCCAUAAGGCAGUGCGGUCGGCCUUCUUGUUGUUUCUCAUCUCGGUGGUUCUCAGCGCAAAAGCCGGGGGGAAGAAAUGCUUUAAAACGUUGGGAUUUUAAAAUGUUUCUGGUGUAAAGCAUGGUUCAACUUUCCAUCGACAUCAAGUCCAGUAAAAUUAUUUGGUAAAUCACUUUAUAAUUACAGAAUGAAAUGAUUGUUCUGAAUUUACACUCUUGUGGGCAUGGGUCUGUUUUAAAUACCAGGGUCUGAAAAUAUGUUACUGGUUUUCUCCUGUCACCUGUUGGCACUCUGACUUAUUACAACGAGCUAGCAGUUAGCUGUCUAUGCUUACUGGAUAUUACCAGUGAAAAAUAAUUACACAGGCAGCUGUGUAAUUAUUUUGGAUAUAAAAACAGAGACAUAAUUAUGAACAACCCCAUCCAUCAUGUUUUUAUUUUUAUUUUUCUGCUCAGAGAAGGUUUAAAUUUUUUUUGUAGGAAUGCACCGAUUGCAGUUUUCUGGACGAUCACGGAUUUUUAAAAAGCCUGACCUGCUAAUUAAGAUUGAAAAUUCUGAAAAGUCGCCAAGUGUAGCAUGAAAGUUGGCGACAGUGGGGUAACCGCGCGCAUGCAGACGUGACUUAUGUGUGGCGGGUCUGUCAGUCAGCGAUGUGACACCAGAGCAGAAGGAGACAGAGGCUGAUUUUUAACUUUAGAUAAGAUCGGUUUGCUAUGAAAGAGAUUCCUGACUGAAUCGGAGCCGAUUUAUCCUUUUUGGAACUGGGAAACUGUUUCAGACAGAUUUCAUAUCGAAACCGGUUUUCAAAAAGGCAAAAAAUAAUAAUAAUAAUAAUAAUCUUAAUUGAUUUCUAAACAACUCAAACCAAAAAUAUUCACACAAUACUACAUUAGUGGAUAUUAAAUAUCUCCACUUUCACAGGAGGGAUUGUUAAGUUUGCCUCCUGACCAUGCUACGCUACAUCAGGUGGAGUGACACAGCUAGCAGCGUAGCUCAGAAACACAAACACAUUGUUGUGAAAUGACCAGAACAUUCUCUGUUUCACUACAGCCAAGGUUAUUGUUACUGAUACAGCUUUGCAGAACCUCUCUUCAAAAAGUUUAACCUGUGUCUUCAAGCUAACCAUGUUUUAAAACAAACUAAGUUAGUAAAAUAGACAGCCUGUCACAGGUGAGCUGAACAGAGGACAACUUUUCAACCAAAAUUAUUAUGAAUUAGCUUUUUUUUUUAUGUGAUAUAGUUGAACAUUUUCUCAAGAAUUCCUGUUUUGACACCAUAUUACUGUGAAAUUAUGUUUUUAUGUGAUUCUGUUGUCUCAGUCAUACUGGCCCAUGCCUGCACUUUAGAGAACCAUGCUACCGAAAAGUUGCUUUAGCCGAUCUUCCCGAAGUGAAAUUCUUGUCGUUUUUAUGUGCAAGAUUAUUCUACAGAAAUAAAAAUUAUUUAGAAGAAACUAAACGCAGAUAUUUGAAACGGAAAAAGUUUUGAAAGUGUCUUUCCAGGCUUGUUUACAGUCUGAAUGAAAGUCGCCAUGGAUCCAUUGAUAAUUCAUCCACGUUUGUAUUGCUUUCACUGUGGUAUUUGUCGUCAUCACCAGAGUCGAAUAUAAUCCUAAAAGAUUAAGUCUUUAUCAUCAAAAAGCACAACGGUUGUAAAAUUCCUUCUUUUUUUUUCUUCUUUUUUUUUAUUAUUAUUUUUUUUAAGUCUGUGUUUUUGGUUGUGGUUUUAUUUUAUGUCACACUUUCUGAUAAGAGAACACAACAUCCACAGAGGUGAUAUUAUGAUUUGUGUAGAUCUUCCUUUUCCAUUGUUGUUACUGACUAAUAAAUUAAAGCUCUAUAUUUUAUAAGAAUGGUAUGCUCCAACUUGUUCAUUGUGAAUUGCUUGAUGCUGAAUGUUUUUUUGUUUUUUUUCCAUGUUCUGCCCGGAAACCUCUUGAUCCUUGGAAUAAAGUUGUACUUGUCAAAAUGAUGAUGUAUGCACAUUUGUGUAAAAUAAAAAUACUGCGUUUGCAGAUUGCAAUGAAA